AUGGUCGGUAUCAAGAAACUCAGCCUCCCAGGACUUCUCUGGCUCGGCCUUGCCACCCGGGGACUCGCUCUGGGAAUUGAUGAAGCUACCGACGAUCUCACUCUUGUGGAGAGAUCUGAUGCUGAGGAGGUCUUCACACGUGAUUUUGACGAUGAGCUCUAUGAGCGUGACUUCGAGGACGAACUGGAUGAGCGGGACUUUGAUGAUUUUGAGCUUCCCCUUCAAGUCCGUGGAGGCGCUUCGAUCAACUUCAGGGAGAGAGUUAUCACUGGUCCAAAGAACACCGUCAAUAAACAACCUAAGCAAUUCAGCGCGGCUGAAAUGAAGGCCCACGAUGAAAGGACCAGGAAGCAUAUUUCUGGACCUGCUCCAUACAGACGAGGCCUCAAGGCUCGCGGCGGCGCUUCAAUCAACUUCAGGGAGAGAGUCAUCACUGGCCCAAAGAACACCGUCAAUAAACAGCCUAAACAAUUCAGCGCGGCUGAAAUGAAGGCCCACGAUGAAAGGACCAAGAAGCAUAUUUCUGGACCUGCUCCCUACAGACGAGGCCUCAAGGCUCGCGGCGGCGCUUCGAUCAACUUCAGGGAGAGAGUUAUCACUGGCCCAAAGAACACCGUCAAUAAACAACCUAAGCAAUUCAGCGCGGCUGAAAUGAAGGCCCACGAUGAAAGGACCAGGAAGCAUAUUUCUGGACCUGCUCCAUACAGGCGGUGA